UCAAUAGACCGUCACCAAGGCACAUUACACCAAGACCCAUUACACCAAGACCUGAUCCGAGGUUCGAAUUUAGUCAGGAUGCACAAUUUCCACCAUGGUUUAGCGGGGGUAGCCAUAACAGAGAGAGGUUUUAUGCACAAUAUCUGCCAGGGUCUACCGGGGGUAGCCAUAACAGUGCUCUUGCAGCAUCGCCCUUCAGAUAUUCAGAGAUGGUAAGUUUUAAAUAAAAUUAUUACUUAGACUCAAUAUAAAAUAAAACAAUAAUUUUUAUUUAGACUCAAGACAGUGAUUAAUUUACCUACCAACGGUCGCAGAGGGCAUUAUCACAAGUUAUACGACCUUCAACGCCUUCCACACCUACAAGACCGGGGGUAUACGCGUUGAACCUGAUUGACAACAUGUUAUUUUCGCCUUCACCGCUACGUCAAUCACAAAUAGAUGAAUGGCUUCGGUCCUUUUCACCUGUACAUUCAUUAGAUAUGCCUUCACCAGAUAUGUUUUCACCUUCAACACCGGGGGCAAACGCAUUGAAUGCUGUGGGUGGCGUGGUAUUUCCACCUCCUUCAUCGCCACGACAGUCACAAAUAGACGAAUGGCUUAGAUCUUUAUCCCCUAUCUCUCCAAGUAUGCUAAACAUAGUGGGACCUCAGGAACUCCCGGAAUUUGACGUAUUAAUAUUCGGGAGGUUAUUAAAUACCACUCAACCCAUCCAAGAAGUAACUGAUUGGGCUGAGGAUGGCUAUAAUUUCAUCCUGAGCAUUCACGCGUUAGCAAUUUAAAAAGAAUGGUACGAGAACGGAGCUGACGAGGAAUUGAAUCACCAUAUGGAUGCCUAUGAAACCCACGAAGAUGAGGAAAUGAAUCGCUAUAUGGAUGCCUAUGAAACCCGUAAAAGAGAAUUUCAAAAAAACUAAUUUUCUUAUAUUAUUAUUAUUAUUAUUUUAUAUUAACUGGUAAAUAAAUA